AGUCUGUAGAGUAACUUUGGAAAUUAAGCUAAUCUAGAAUGGAACUGGGAAAACUAAAUGGCAAGGGACAAAAUAUCAAUGUUCUUCACGAAGCGGUGCACAAGUCACAUGGUUUAGUGUGGACUGAUGGGAAGGCCAUCUUUCUUGCCCCAGUAAAGAUUCUCAGUGGAGAAGUGGAGCCAUGCGAGUCACUAAAGCUUGGAGAGUUUGGUGAUGAAGAUGAAUUUUUAGAAAAUGAAACAGUAGACAUUGAUGAGGAUGACCAAUUGGUGAAGAGUAUUCACUGGAGCAGUGAUGUGGGUCCAAACUUGUGUUACCUGUGUGUUGUCCAUCCCCAACAUGUUUCCGUCUGGAAGGUUGAAGGUCAUGUCCCUAAACUCAGUUUCAAGCAAGUUCGAAAACUCAAUGUUCAACCUAUACAGCAAGGUUGUCUGUGGAACCCAGGCAGAGACAUUUUGUGUGUCCUUAGUAAACAACAGUGCAGUUUCUUCUUCAGACAUACACAGAACAGGGGCAGCUAUGCAUUCCCUCCCAUAGAGAGUGGUAAGAUCAGGUGUGGAGCUUGGUCUAAGGAUGGCAGUCAGUUGGUGCUUAGUGUUGGAGCAAUGUUACUGGUUUAUACCUGGCCAGAAAUUGAUGUGUCCAUUAGUGACCUAAACCCCACAGCUUGGAGGAUUCCUCAAUUGGAUGGAGGAGUGUGUUCUAUUGUUUCCCUGCCAGGCCCAGCAGUGGUGUGUGCUGUCGAGCUGCCUCUAGAAUCUCUGUGUAAGGUUAAGGAUACAUUCAUCGCACCAGACUUGAACCAAAAUGAGCCUGAUUUGUCACCAUCGUCUGACAUUAUCUCCCCUAAAGGGGCAUCUCUAACAUCAUUGAAAGAUACAUUACUCAACUUACCAAGAAACCCAGGGAGUCUUAUCGAAGACACCAGUCGGCUAAUCCUGGUACAGCUGAGGCCAGAUAGGGAGCCUCUAAGGAGCUGCAGUGUGGGAGUCAAAGGGGUGCUGACCCCAGACAUACUGCUGUAUGAGGAGAAUCAGCAGUUUGUAGUGGUGGGCAGUAACAACCAGAAUCUGCUACAGGUGUAUGCUGUUGUGGACAACAGCCAGACUCUGGUCAAGGUCCAGGAGAUUAAACUAAACAAGGAUGAACGCCCAAGAGGGAUUUCUAGCCUCCAUAAUUCUCAGUUAGCUGGUUACCAAGGGAUACUAGUGGCGGUCGGUAAGCGGAUGACAGCGAGUGCAUUGUUCCCCUCAUCAUCAGAGAGCAGUGGUGAUGUCCGGCUGCACUUCUUCCCAGUAUCCAUAGACAGAUCUGAUGUGAAGAUUCCGGGAGACACAACAGCUACAGAUCAGAGUAUGCUUGACAAUCUGGUGCCCUCCAAUACAUCAACUCCAGCAAAUCAACCUCAGAAAAAGACAAUAAAACUACAGUAUUCCGUGGGAGAGGAUGAUUCACCAUUGGCUCAGUCAGACCACCAAUCAGAGCCAUCGUCUCUUCAACCAUUCAGCAUGUUUAGCAACGGAAUCUCAGAGGCUGGUACUCGGAAAACAUCUCAAAAUGACUCGGUUGAUCUUUUACUUAAAAAACAGAAAACAGUAUCAGAAUUAAGAGAUUAUUCUGAUACAGAUUCAGCCAAAUCAUCACCAAGGGAUACAGCUCAGGAUUCAGUGGAAUUAUCACCGAGAGAAACAGCUCAGCCAGAAUCUACAUCUCAGAAAAAAAAACUGAUUGUUGACUUAAACAAAUCUGACAGUGGUGAUAGUGAAUUAGAGACGGAAACCACAGAAUUCUCAGAACAGAAACCACAAUUUAAAAGUCCAGAGUUAGAUAAAUAUUUAGAAGAAAAUAUUGGUAUAUCUAACAUUCCAGAGUUAUCUAAAGACUCAAAAGAUGUCCCGUCAGAGUGUCACUCCAACAAGGCUACCAGGAAGGCUAGUCAGACAGAGAGAGAUUCAGGCUAUACAGACGUCUGUGAUACCUCUCAUCAACAGCCUACUGCAGCAGCGGAGGCAGCACUGAAAACAAACAUGACUAUAGAAGAUUUGGAGAGGGAGAUACAGCUACAGAAUGAACACAUAGUACAGUUACAGAAAAAGGUUGAUUCACUUUCAAAAAUUGUGGAAGAAACAUCAAUGGUUUUCCCAACAAAAUAUCAAGCAUUGGAAAAGCCAGAUGUUGUCCAUGUGGUUUGCCAUUGUGAAGGAGCUAAGGCUAGUAAGAAAACCUUUCUGUUGGACAACAGACGACUGCCAUUGGAAGUCUUAAAAGAUGCAUUUGGUCUUUCUCUUGUAGAACUCCAUAUUGAUGGUGAACCUUUCAUUGUUGGAGCCAAUAUUGAUGGCUACAUACCUGUGAAAUUUGAUCCCUCAUCUACUGUAGAGGUGGGAGGUAUUUUACAGCCUGCAUCAGACAAGGACAGUGCUUCAGAGGACAUGGGCAUUGGCGGAAUAGACAAGGAUGUCACAUGCUGAAAGUCAACAAGGAUGUCACAUUCUGAAGUCAACAAGGACGUCACAUUCUGAAGUCAACAAGGACGACAUUCUGAAGUCAACAAGGACGACAUUCUGAAGUCAACAAGGAUGUCACAUGCUGAAGUUAACAAGGACGUCACAUGCUGAAAGUCAAAAAGGACGUCACAUGCUGAAAGUCAUCAAGGACAUCACAUGCUGAAGUCAACAAGAACGUCACAUGCUGAAAGUCAUCAAGGACUUCACAUGCUGAAGUCAACAAGAAUGUCACAUUCUGAAGUCAACAACGAUGUCACAUGCUGAAAGUCAAUAAGGACGUCUCAUUCUGAAGUCCCUUAAUAACUGAUAAUGGAGAAGAAAAUGUGAUCUUUUUACAACUACAUGACAAAGUCUAUACAAAGAUUAUACAAACUGACAAACUCAGAUCUGAUGAACAAUCCAAACUUUUAUUUUUGAAUCUCGAUAUGCCUUGUAGAUAUUCAACACUAGCUAUAUAUCAGUAGCCAUGUUUCAACAAUCCUAUCUAUAUGUCAUUAUUCCAGUUGAGAGACUUUUGUAAAACAGUAAACGAGUUAUUCCAAUACUGUAUGCACCAUUUGAUUCAUAUGGAAUUGGUAGAAGCAGCUGUGAUGUCAACCUAGCUGCAAGAAGAGGUAUUCUGUAUGCUGGGAAGUUAUCCUGUGAUAGUUUUAACAUUCCGUUCUGCAAAUCCUGAGACAGUUUUGUAUAUAAGAUAAAGUAUACUUUGCAGUUUAAUUUGUCUGAUUAAUUGAUAAUAU